AUGGCGAUUAUAAACCGGAGCAAGCUGACACAAACGGCUAUGAUAAAGCAAAUCUUGAAGAGGUGUUCGAGUUUGGGGAAGAAACAGAACAGUGAAUAUAACGACCAACAUGAUGGAGACUAUCUUCCUCAAGAUGUGCCCAAAGGUCACUUCGUGGUCUACGUAGGAGAGAAUCGGGUCAGGUACGUUUUACCCAUUUCGUUUUUGACCCGACCCGAGUUUCAGGUUCUUCUACAACAAGCUGAGGAAGAGUUUGGCUUCGAUCACGACAUGGGUCUCACUAUCCCUUGUGAGGAAGUAGCUUUCAAAUCUCUCCUUGCCUCCAUGCUCUGA